AUGAGACUCAUCAUUAUCAGCAACGCUGUGAUUAAAGGUUAUCACGAAUUCCAAAUAAGACCACCUCAAAAUAUUUUACUACCUGUCACUAAAGAAUAUGGAAAUCGUCAUGAUUCACAUUCAUGUUUGGUGUGGAUCCCCGAGAUUGAUAAAAUUCCAAAAGAUUUAUGGAAUCAUGUAACAGAUGAAAAACGUGGAGAGAGAGUUCGGACUAUUGCAGGGCUACCCAUUGGACGAGUGCCCAGGGGGCUUUCUGAAUGUUUUUUGAUCAUACUGAAAAACUCCAAAGUUGACUGUGUUGAGUGGUAUGUGCAAUUACAUGUUUUUGAUGAAUGA